AUGGCCUUAAAGGUGACGAAUAACAAUAUUGAGUAUGAAGAGCUUGGGCUGCUGCCCACAGAUAUCCCACCUGUCCCUUCCUUUCAUGGCAUUCCAUUGAAAUACAUAUCGCUCGUGACAUUGGCGGUUCAGAACUCUCUUUUAACAUUAAUAAUGCAUUACUCUUGCGUGUCCAUCUCUCCAUCCCAGUCUUACUCUGCACCAACUGCUGUUCUUCUCAAUGAGCUUCUUCAAGGGUUUAUAUCACUCGCCAUCGCUUUCACCCGUAUAAACCAUGUCACACCUUACAUGUCUGACACCCCACAGCUACCACUCACUGUCAGCCGCUUCUGGCAUCCUGCAAAGGUUCUUUUGCAUGUCCGAAGACUUGGCAGAGAAGUCUUUUCACCAGAUUGCUGGAAGUUGUCAAUACCCGCCAUCCUGUAUGUCAUUCAAAAUAAUCUGCAGUAUGUUGCUGCCACCAAUCUGGCUGUUCUGGAUGUCGAUGUGGCACCUGAAGCUGACCCCGAUGGUGACAAGUGGGACGAUCUCGGUGUUGAGGAUUUCGAUGAUCCAUUGAUGGUCAGUGAAUAUGUUGUCGAGAUCUUCAAGUACAUGAAGCAGGCCGAGCUUAUAACACUUCCUAAUCCGAAAUACAUAGAAACUGCUACACCAUCCAUCUCACACUUCCUUCACUGCACAGACUCAUCCUACACUGAAUCCGAUAUGAAGAGUCACUUUGGAAUCUCGUCGCAUGACAAAUGGCAAAAGAUAGAUGGGAACUAUAACUACCGUGAUGCAUACUACCGCACAAUCAAAGAAAUCCGAGAGCCGUUUGAUGAUGUGUGGGCCAAGGAACUUCUGGAAUGGUGGAACAGUGUGGUCUUUGGCAAUAAACAGGGUGUCCCAUCAUUUGACAUCAGCGAUGAUGACAAGGACAAGGACAACCUCGUUCUCAUGAAGAAGCAAUCUGCAAAGUGUGCACCUUAUUUUCAGUCUGCCAACUCUGUCCUUCCCCCAGUUGAGGCCGAGCCUACUGGCAAUCCCGACAUUUCAACAAUGCAGCCUUCCACGCCCACUACUUCCAAGUCCACACCUGCUGGUUCCACACCCGCCACCUCCACACCCACUACAUACAUGCCCACUACCUCCACACCUGCUACCUCCCCGCCAACUACUUCUCCACCUCCUGAGAUAACUACUCUCUCUCCACAACAGAAAUCCAUCCCUAAACUGUGUCCUAUUCAAUCAGCUGGCAUGAGCUCCUCUUCUGCACCUUCUCUGGUGUCUGCCCCCCCCUCCGAAGCCUGA